AUGGCCUCCAACAGCAUCUUCGACUCCUUCCCCAACUAUACACCGACCUUCAUACGAGAUCCGAGCACCAGCCGCCGCUUCACCCCCCCCUCCACGGCCUUCCCCUGCGGCGGCGGUAAGAUGGGCGAGAACAGCGGCGCGCUGAGCGCGCAGGCUGCCGCGGGCCCCGGCGGCCGCACCCGGCCCGAGGUGCGCUCGAUGGUGGACGUGCUGGCCGACCACGCGGGAGAGCUCGUGCGCACCGACAGCCCCAACUUCCUCUGCUCGGUGCUGCCCUCGCACUGGCGCUGCAACAAGACCCUGCCGGUCGCUUUCAAGGUGGUGGCCCUGGGGGAUGUCCCUGAUGGAACGGUGGUAACAGUGAUGGCCGGCAAUGAUGAGAAUUACUCCGCUGAGCUGCGGAACGCUUCCGCUGUCAUGAAGAACCAAGUGGCCAGGUUCAACGACCUUCGCUUCGUGGGCCGGAGCGGACGAGGGAAGAGUUUCACGCUCACAAUCACCGUGUUCACCAACCCUACCCAAGUGGCCACCUACCACAGAGCCAUCAAGGUCACCGUGGAUGGACCCCGGGAACCCCGACGGCACCGACAGAAGAUAGAAGACCAGACCAAGGCCUUCCCCGACCGCUUCGGAGACCUGCGCAUGCGUGUAACACCAAGCACCCCCAGCUCCCGUGGCUCGCUCAGCUCCACAAGCCACUUCAGCAGCCAAGCCCAGACCCCAAUCCAAGGCUCCUCAGACCUGAACCCCUUCUCGGACCCCCGCCAGUUUGACCGCUCCUUCCCUACGCUGCAAAGCCUCACGGAGAGCCGCUUCCCGGACCCCAGGAUGCACUACCCGGGUGCCAUGCCUGCCGCCUUCCCCUACAGCGCCACGCCGUCGGGCACCAGCCUGGGCAGCCUGAGCGUGGCGGGCAUGCCGGCCAGCAGCCGCUUCCACCACACCUACCUCCCGCCGCCCUACCCCGGGGCCCCGCAGAGCCAGAGCGGGCCCUUCCAGGCCAACCCCGCGCCCUACCACCUCUUCUACGGCGCCUCCUCCGGCUCCUACCAGUUCUCCAUGGCGGCUGCGGGCGGUGGUGAGCGCUCGCCCACCCGCAUGCUGACCUCCUGCCCCAGCGGCGCCUCCGUGUCCGCGGGCAACCUCAUGAACCCCAGCCUGGGCCAGGCUGAUGGCGUGGAGGCGGACGGCAGCCACAGCAACUCACCCACAGCCCUGAGCACGCCGGGCCGUAUGGACGAGGCCGUGUGGAGGCCCUACUGA